UGAGACAAAGUUAGGUGAGUGAAGACACCGAGGAGACAUCUGUUGUCCUCCUUCAGCCAGCUCCUCGGAGAGCCAUGACUUUCUGGAGCAACGACUCCUCCUCGGAGUUGUACCAGCAGCCACAGCUCCCUCUUGUGGCCACUGACCUCAGUUGGAACCUCAGCGUUGCCUCCCAGACCCGAGGUCUCGGACCCUCCACCGCUGCGGCCUCCUCGAUAGACCCGCGGCGGGCGUUGGCGGUGGGCAUCGUGCUGGCCUCCUUCAUCUUGUUUGCCAUUGUGGGCAACAUGCUGGUGAUCCUGGCUGUGGUCUGCAACCCACACCUGCGGACCCCGACCAACUACUUCAUCAUCAACCUGGCCAUGGCCGACCUGCUGCUGGGGACCACCGUACCGCCCGCGUGUCUCGCACCCUCCCCCGCUGCGGCCUCCUCGAUAGACCCGCGGCGGGCGUUGGCGGUGGGCAUCGUGCUGGCCUCCUUCAUCUUGUUUGCCAUUGUGGGCAACAUGCUGGUGAUCCUGGCUGUGGUCUGCAACCCACACCUGCGGACCCCGACCAACUACUUCAUCAUCAACCUGGCCAUGGCCGACCUGCUGCUGGGAACCACCGUACUGCCCGUGUCCGCCACCCAGGAGGUUUUGGAUUACUGGGUGUUUGGUCAGGUCUUCUGUGACAUCUGGGCAGCAGUGGACGUCCUGUGCUGCACUGCGUCCAUCAUGUCUCUGUGCGUCAUCUCCAUCGACCGCUACGUCGGUGUCAGAUAUCCGCUGCAGUACCCCACGAUCGUCACACAGAAGAGGGCGCUGCUCGCAAUGCUGUGCGUCUGGAUCCUGUCCAUCACUAUCUCCAUUGGGCCGCUGCUGGGCUGGAAACAGCCACCGUCACAGGACAACACCACCUGUCAGAUCACAGAGGAGCCCUUCUACACCCUCUUCUCCUCCCUGGGCUCCUUCUACAUCCCUCUGGCUGUCAUCCUGGUCAUGUACUGCCGCGUCUACAUCGUGGCCAAACGCACCACCAGGAACUUGAAGGCCGGCGUGAUGAAGCAGCCACUAGAGGACGCCAACGAGUUGACACUGCGCAUACACUGCAGGAACCAGCAGGUCUGUCCAGGACGCAGCACGCUGGCCGUCAAACUGUUCAAGUUCUCCAGAGAAAAGAAGGCCGCCAAGACGCUGGGCGUGGUGGUGGGGAUGUUCAUCCUCUGCUGGCUGCCCUUCUUCCUGGUCCUGCCCAUGGGUUCCUUCAACAGCGACCUUCGACCUCCAGAAACCUGCUUCAAGGUGAUCUUCUGGUUAGGGUACUUCAACAGCUGCCUGAACCCCAUCAUCUACCCCUGCUACAGUCGCGAGUUCAAACAGGCCUUCAUCAGGAUUCUGCGCUGCCGUUGGAAGAGGAAACCUCCCGGUUGGCAAGUGUACUAUAACAACCGCUGCCAGCAGGGGUCCUUACUGAACGACAGUCAACAGACGCUGGCGUCGGUCAGCCCCGCUCCACGACGCCAUCUCCUGGGCUCUGGGCUGCAGCUGCCAAAAUGGCCCGCCCCUCCCUGCUCCUCUCAGCUCAACUUCCUGCCUGGCUCAGCUGACGGCUGUAGACCGGGCCAAGUGUCGCCGCCCACUGAGGGGGGGGACGUAGUCCACGGAGAUGACGAACGGGUGGAGUCAUGACAGAACUCGUCAACACCAGAUCUGGGCCACACAACAAUAAUCUAACUCAACAGUCUUUUAUCACAGCCCACAUCACGAUGUGGGUCACAUCCCAGUCCAACUGAAAUGAACCAACUGUGGAUCAUUGUCCCAAACAAACACGUGUGGUUUUUUGUGGACAAAACUCUGGACCAGACAGAGACAGAGUUAGGGUGAGGAGCAGUCGUCCAAUCAGAUCUUCACAUCAAUCAUCAACAUCCUGGUCCAAAAGAACCUGUUGUUAAAUGGUUUUGUUUGUUUCCUGACAUUUUUGUACUUUAUUUACACCAAGAACUGUUGUUCUUUUACUGACCACAGACUGAAUACACGUGAGUGAUUAAUACUGGACAGUAUGACCACAGCAGCCUCUAGUGGAGGUCCACUGCAACUGCGCUGACUUCAAGGUUAUUAUUAUUACUAUUAUUAUUAUAACUAUCAUUAUUAAUACUAUUAUUAUUAUAACUAUUAUUAUUCUUUUUCUUUUUAUUCUUAUUAUUUCUGCAUCUUUUUACGUGAUUUGCCUCGAACCUUCAGCCUGAGACAUUUCCUCCUCAGUUCAACACUAACGAAACUGUUACGUGACCACAACAGUUUUUCCUUUUUGUUUUGUUCAGAGCUCUGACGUCAUGCAAAUAUUACUGAACUUCACAUGUACAUUAUAAAUACGUUAUUAAAUGUCCUUGUUUUUAUGAAAAAAUAACUGGUUGCGUCAUAUUUACAAUAAAAAAGAACAUUCUGGAAGUUAGCGUUACGUCAUAGUUAAAAGUGACUGAACGAAGAACUAAUUUGUCUUUUCCAAAAGUCUCCAAAACAAAUAGUUAAAGUAAAAGGCGUGACAUAAAGACAUGUGACAAGCAGCAGCCAAUAGGACGUGGUUAUGAUCGUGUACAUUAAAACGCACUUUUAUAAAUAAACAAUUUUCAUAAAAACUUCCACAGCCAUUUUAAAUAUAAAACGAGCGCCAGAUUUCGGCGGGGAUUCAUUUUUCAAAACGC